UCUAAACCAGAAAGUCUCCGGAGCUUGCGCCAGGCUCUUUGCGGCGCCCCCCAGUCAGACGCAGGUUUUGGAAGCGGGCGGGAGAGAAGGUGUCGUUGCUGGAGCUGAGACCGGACGGCCAGAGUCCUCAGGGAUGAACCUCGAGUUACUGGAGUCCUUUGGGCAGAAUUAUCCAGAGGAAGCUGAUGGAACUUUGGAUUGUAUCAGCAUGGCCCUGACUUGCACCUUUAACAGGUGGGGCACACUGCUUGCAGUUGGCUGUAAUGAUGGCCGAAUUGUCAUCUGGGAUUUCUUGACAAGAGGCAUUGCUAAAAUAAUUAGUGCACACAUUCAUCCAGUCUGUUCCUUAUGCUGGAGUCGAGAUGGUCAUAAGCUCGUGAGUGCUUCCACUGAUAACAUAGUGUCACAGUGGGAUGUCCUUUCAGGCGACUGCGACCAGAGGUUUCGAUUCCCUUCACCCAUCUUAAAAGUCCAGUAUCAUCCGCGAGAUCAGAACAAGGUUCUCGUGUGUCCCAUGAAAUCUGCUCCUGUCAUGUUGACCCUUUCAGAUUCCAAACAUGUUGUUCUGCCCGUAGACGAUGACUCCGAUUUGAACGUGGUUGCAUCUUUUGAUAGGCGAGGAGAAUAUAUCUAUACAGGAAAUGCAAAAGGCAAGAUUUUGGUCCUAAAAACAGAUUCUCAGGAUCUUGUUGCUUCCUUCAGAGUAACAACUGGAACAAGCAAUACCACAGCCAUUAAGUCAAUAGAGUUUGCCCGGAAGGGCAGUUGCUUUUUAAUUAACACAGCAGAUCGAAUAAUCAGAGUUUAUGAUGGUAGAGAAAUCUUAACCUGUGGAAGAGAUGGAGAGCCUGAACCCAUGCAGAAAUUGCAGGACUUGGUGAAUAGGACCCCAUGGAAGAAAUGUUGUUUCUCUGGGGAUGGGGAAUACAUAGUGGCAGGGUCAGCCCGGCAGCAUGCCCUGUACAUCUGGGAGAAGAGUAUUGGCAACCUGGUGAAGAUUCUCCAUGGGACAAGAGGAGAACUCCUCUUGGAUGUAGCUUGGCAUCCUGUUCGACCCAUCAUAGCAUCCAUUUCUAGUGGAGUGGUAUCUAUCUGGGCACAAAAUCAAGUAGAAAAUUGGAGUGCAUUUGCGCCAGACUUCAAAGAAUUGGAUGAAAAUGUAGAAUAUGAAGAAAGGGAAUCAGAGUUUGAUAUUGAAGAUGAAGAUAAGAGUGAACCUGAACAGACAGGGGCUGAUGCUGCAGAGGAUGAGGAAGUGGAUGUCACCAGUGUGGACCCUAUUGCUGCCUUCUGUAGCAGUGAUGAAGAGCUGGAAGAUUCAAAGGCUCUAUUAUAUUUACCCAUUGCCCCUGAGGUAGAAGACCCAGAAGAAAAUCCUUAUGGCCCCCCACCGGAUGCAGUCCAAACCUCCUUGAUGGACGAAGGGGCUAGUUCAGAGAAGAAGAGGCAGUCUUCAACAGAUGGGUCCCAGCCACCUAAGAAGAAACCCAAAACAACCAAUAUUGAACUGCAAGGAGUACCAAAUGAUGAAGUCCAUCCACUACUGGGUGUGAAGGGGGAUGGCAAAUCCAAGAAGAAGCAAGCAGGCCGGCCUAAAGGAUCAAAAGGUAAAGAGAAAGAUUCUCCAUUUAAACCGAAACUCUACAAAGGGGACAGAGGUUUACCUCUGGAAGGAUCAGCGAAGGGUAAAGUGCAGGCGGAGCUCAGCCAGCCCUUGACAGCAGGGGGAGCAAUCUCAGAACUGUUAUGAAGGCCCUUGAAGUUCUUCGUUCUUCCCUACUUUGCCAUCGUGUGGCCUCUGGACACUGUGGUCAGUCAUUUGAGAUUGACUUUAAUUUAAAACAAAGGCCUCUGUCUUCCACCCAGGAGGUGGAAGGAGUGAAUUUUAUGUUUGAAUGAAGAAGUGAAUUAUGGAAGAAGAAUAUAUGUCCCUUCCCUUUCAAGCAUAAGUCCAAAUAGGCUCUCAGGAAUGAGGAUUUGUGAAGACAUCAAACAGGAGUUUUGACUCAUUUAAACUUUAAUGCUUGUUAUGUUGCUGGAGAAGAGAUUCCUGUUUUGCUCGUCUGUCUUUACUGUACCCAGCAUCAUUUCAGCCUGUCAUUUCCUAUCUCCUACUUGCCUUCCCUCCACAGUGCACGUCCUUGUGUGACUUGUUCUUAUCUGAAAUUUUGCUGCCUGUAUCCUAGGAAAACUUCUGUUGCACAUUCUUUCUUCC